AUGACUUCGAAUACUGAUGGCCACAAUGUUGAUGCUCACGUCGAGACAGACAACAUACCUGAAGCACAAACUAACACUCAUGAAAGCACAAACAAUAAAGAUCAGAAAUUUCCACUGCCUCCACGUGAAGCAUCAAUUCACGUAACAAGUUUUCCUGAGGAUCAACCAGACAUAUCCCAACAGCCGGUGCCUAGUGUCAUCGAAAAGUGUUCAAUUUAUGACAUACGCACAAGCUUAAGGCGGAAAGUGAUACUUGGAGUUGUUUCAGCUGCAGCGUUUCUACUCCCGUUUUGUGACACAAUCUACUUGCCUGCACUCAGCACUAUUCAAAAAGACUUGAACACAACUACGACACUUGUCACCCUCAGUGUAUCGAUCUAUUUGAUUAUGAACGGAGUUUUAAGUCUGCUUUGGGGGCCAAUUACAGAUCGAUUCGGCCGUAAGACUCCUUUGAUCGUCGCACUUUUUCUGGUCACGAUAGCCUCGGUUGCGUGUAUAUUUUCUCCUAAUAUAAUCUUUCUUAUUGCGUUUCGAACGCUACAAGGUGCGUCUGCAUCCGCAACAAUAGUGGUAGGCCAGGCAGUGAUAUCCGAUAUAUAUCCAGCGAAAACAAGAGCCUCGGCAACAGGAAUUUUUUUUGUGCCAUUUCUAAUCGGCCCAGUGAUUGGUGCCUUGAUUGGUGGUGCACUCUCUGAAGCAUUCGGCUGGCGUAGUACUUUCGUUCUUUUAGCCGUCAGCUCUUUUGUCAUUCUUAUCAUAGUGUUCUUUUUACUGUCCGAAACACAUCAAAUUUUUUGCAAGGCGCUUUUCGAAAAAGCAAAUCCCAACAAAUCUAUCAUCGAUGUUGCACUAGAGGAAAAACCUUUCAUCGAGCAAGCCUGGAAACCUCUUACGUAUCUACUCGACUUAACAAUGCUUCCAUACCUCAUUAUGACAACCACGACUUUUAUGGCACUAUUUGUCGCUCUAACACUUUUUCCCAUCCACUUGAUGCAAAGUCCAUAG